AUGUUCCCAACCCCUCCCAUGUCCCCCGGUCCCCACAGCGUCCACCUCCUUCCUCCUCUACAACUGGGACCGCUCCGGCUGCGUGCGUCCACCUCCUUCCUCCUCUACAACUGGGCCCGCUCCGGCUGCGUGGUGGCCACUGGGCAGCUCCUGGUGGCCACCACCAUGUCCUUAUCACCUCAUUGUCCCCACAGCGUCCGCCUCCUCCCUGCUCUACAACUGGGACCGCUCCGGCUGCGUGCGUCCACCUCCUUCCUGCUCUACAACUGGGACCGCUCCGGCUGCGUGGUGGCCGUGGGCAAGUGGCUCUCUCUGGCGCGCUGCUCGCCCUCGUCCCCGUCCCAGCGCUUCCAGUGGCUGCCGGGCGGCCUCCUGCGCCACGCGGCCACCGGCGGCUGCGCCGAGGCCGCGGCGGAGCGGGAGCAGCAGCGGCUGCAGCGCUGGGGCUGCGGCCGCGGGGCGCUGCUGGCGCUGGCCGGCACCGCGCUGCACUUCAACGUGGGCCACGAGCGCCACGAGCGCGUCGUGCUCUGGGCGGGCACCGGCAACUGGAGCCGCUGGCUGGCGCACGGCUCCCGGCGCGACCUCUGCUCCCGGGCCUAUUUCCUGCCCUGCCCCCGCGGUUGGGUUUUUUUCCGCAAUUCCUGUUAUUUCUUCUCCGACUUCGCCGCUUCCUGGGAGAAUUCCAGAACUUUCUGCUGGGCCUUGGGCUCGCAGCUGCUCGAGGUCGACGACGCCGAGGAGAAGUUGGUGGCACCGGGACGAGCCCAACGGGGGCACCCAGGAGAACUGCGCGGCCGUGGGGCCCGACGGGCUCUGGGCCGAUUAUCCCUGCGGGAAGUCCCUGCCCUGGGUCUGCGAGGGAUCCCCCUGACCCCAAAUCCCCGGAAUUCACCCCAAAAUCCCCGGAAUUCACCCCAAAAUCCAGGGAAUUUGGUGAAAAAUAAAAAUAAAUGUGUGUGUGAACUGGGAUUGAACUGGGAUUGAACUGGGAUUGAACUGGGAUCAUCCCUGUGAGGGACACUCCUGACCCCAAAUCCCCAGAAUUCACCCCGAAAUCCCCAGAAUUCACCCCAAAAUCCCAGGAAUUCACCCCAAAAUCCGGGGAA